GACCUUAAAUCAAAAAUGAUAGUUAAUGAUAUUAAAAUAGUGUUGAUGAAUAUUAAUUUUCAGUCUAUCAUUUCUCACUUUCAUUCUAUUUAUUCAUUUCAGCUAUCAAUUCUGGUGCAUCCUGAUAAAAAUCCUGAUGAUCCUGAGAGAGCACAGCAAGCUUUUGAAAUCAUAAGUAAAGCAUGGAAAACAUUAGAAAAUGAUGAUACAAGGAAAAAAUGCUUGGAUGUAAUAGAAGAAGCGAAAGCUCGGACAGACCAUAUGAUUUUAGAAAAACGAAAACGACAGAAGAAGGAAGGCAAAGAUGGGCAAGUAGAGGAGGACGACCCGGCGGCGUACAAGCACGCUGUCUAUGUGAUGACCAUGAAGCUAUUCGCCGACAUGGAGAGGAGAAGGAGGGAGUUGGAUGUCAGAGAUGCCGAAGAGAGAAAACGAAAACGCGAACAAGAAAUAGAAGAGGAAGAGAAGGCUUCACUAGAAAAAGAGUGGCAGAAAAAUUUUGAGGUUAGUUUCAAGCCACCACUGCAUAUUAUCAAAUUUUCAAGUAAGUUACUAAACGCAUUUUGUACAGUUGAAAGAAGAAUGAAGUUUAAAGAGGGGAUACAAAAAUUACGGAACUUUAAUAGAGCCACAUUAUUCACAUGAUCAAUAAUGUCUUGUUCAAACAUUAUUAUUGAUGUAUUUGAGACAUUCUUGUUUGAAAAUACAGUACCAACUCGGUCAAAAAACUGCCCUAGAUCGUGCCACCU